AUGGCCCUCGCAGCAUCUUGCGUACCAGAAACCUUCGCCCCCACCCUCUUUGGGGGCCUUGUUCUCUCUCUCGAAGCCUCUGUUGUCGACCUUUCCACCGUCGCGAAUAGUGCAUCGACGCAACCUUCAGCCAGUUCUGAAGACGUCUCCUUCUGCAAUGUGACGGUGACCUACACGCAUCCCGGCCAGAACGACAGCAUCAUCGUGGAAACUUGGCUUCCAGUUGAUAAUUGGAACGAGCGCUUCCUUGCCGUUGGUGGCGGUGGUUGGAAUGCUGGAAGGACUGCUGGGACCUCUGCGGCCAUGGCUGCUGCCAUAGCCGACGGGUACGCAACCGUCACCACCGAUGCUGGUCUGGGUUCGUACAGCGAUCCAAGUCCAUGGGUUAACCCGAGCCCUGGGAACGUCAAUAUGCAAUAUCUCCAGAAUUUUGCUACCUCAAGCUUGAACGACGAGGCAAUCAUUGGAAAAUCCCUUGUUCGCAGCUUUUAUGGCAGCGACCCAGCCUACUCCUACUGGAGCGGCUGCUCCACUGGGGGUCGCCAGGGUCUGACUAUUGCUCAGAGGUAUCCCGAUAUAUACGAUGGCAUCGUGUCUGGAGCGCCGGUCAUCUACUGGACCAGAAUGGGCAUGGCCAACACUUGGCCGCAGCAGUUCAUGAACAUGCACGGAUACUAUCCCUACGGAUGCGAACUAGAAGCCAUUGCUGCUGCGGCUGUCGAAGUUUGCGACGGCCUCGAUGGCGUGGUAGACGGACUUAUUUCUGACCCUGAUGCUUGCCUAGAUAGCUUCAACCCCCAAGAACUUGUUGGUACUACGAUCAGUAACUGCUCACAAACAGGAGGGGAAAUCACGAUUAGCGAAAGUGCGGCCAAGGUAGCUAGCGCGUUCUGGGAUGGGCCGAGAACGGUGAAGGGGGAUCGGGUGUGGUACGGCCCGAGCAUUGGAGCGGGCCUCACGCUCCUUGCUGCCACAAACUGCAGCACGGGCGUUUGCGUAGCCACCGAGAACCUUGGGUGGCCCCUUUUCAGAUACUUCGUGGCCAAGGAUGCUAGCUGGGUUUCCAAUAACCUCUCGCAUGAAGCAUGGGCCGACAUGGGACACUCAGCUUUCCAGCAGUGGCAGUCGAUCAUGGACUUCGAUGACCCAGAUAUUUCCCGACUUCAGAGAGCCGGAGGGAAACUUUUGACCUACCAUGGCUUGGCGGAUCCCAUGAUUCCCGCAAAGGGGACGGAGCAUUAUUAUGAACUUGUCGCGCGCGAAUUUCCCGAUGUUCACGACUUUUACCGGCACUUCCCCGUUCCCGGACUAGGACAUUGCAGCGGCGGUGCUGGUGGCCCACCACUGGGCCUGCUAACGCAAAUUCGAGCAUGGGUAGAAGAAGGCACGGCGCCUGACCAUGCGAAGAUGAACUUUACCCACCCGGAUGGCACGACGCAAACUCGUAUCCUGUGCCCCUAUCCUCAGAAGGCAUUCUACAAUGGCAGGUGUGGGAAUGCGGCGAAACUCGACUGCUGGUCUUGCGUCAAUAGGAAUGCGCCGGCAAGGACUAGUUCGUCGACUUCAAGGAACCAAUGGUCCUUUUGA